GUCGUCCAUGGCGUGGUGAAAGCUUUGCCUGCACGCUAACCACUCAGCCACCGCAAUCUGGAAGUGUUGUUAGAUUUCUGCCAUAAAGAACUGACUGACUGAAUUUUGGACCAUCUAUAUAUAGUUCCACAGCCGUCUAAGGGUUAAUUUAGUUAGUUAGUUUAGCUAGCAUGUCUUAAGCACCCUAGUCUACACCAAAGCCUUAUUUCUGUAUAAUGAUAUCUAGGCAAGUUUUAGGAGGGUGAGUGAUCAAUAACUGCAUCUGCCUCCAUCAAGGGUUGGUUUGAUCAUUUUAGAAAGCAGGCAGACAUCCAUAACAUCAGGAGCACAGGUGAGUGGACCACUUCUUCAAGCACAUGAGAAGUCUACGUACUUGAGAUAAAUGUUUUUUUUUCAAUAACCUGCCUGGAAAUUAAACCCUAGUCCCCAAGAUACAAGAUUAACCCUAGUCCCCAAGAUGCAAGAUAAACCCUAGUCCCCAAGAUGCAAGAUUAACCCUAGUCCCCAAGAUGCAAGAUUAACCCUAGUCCCCAAGAUGCAAGAUUAACCCUAGUCCCCAAGAUGCAAGAUUAACCCUAGUCCCCAAGAUGCAAGAUUAACCCUAGUCCCCAAGAUGCAAGAUGAACCCUAGUCCCCAAGAUGCAAGAUAAACCCUAGUCCCCAAGAUGCAAGAUAAACCCUAGUCCCCAAGAUGCAAGAUUAACCCUAGUCCCCAAGAUGCAAGAUAAACCCUAGUCCCCAAGAUACAAGAUUGACUCUCUAGCGUCAUGCCAAAGGGUGCUCCAUGGCUUAAGGCUUUUCGAGUUCUUAUUUGCAUCUCGUGUCAUUUACAUUUGCAUUAGAUGUCUUUCCUUAUCACAGUUAGUUGAAUUUCUUUGUGCUUGAUUAUUUUAAGUUACUCCUUUUCACAUUUCCAGGGAUGAUGAAGCCAAACCCCCUUCGAGUGACACGAGGCAUCCGUUUCCUGGCCCAUCAGGGAAAAACUACAACAGAGGGAAGGAUGUCCAAUGCUCGUCACCUCUGCUUUAGCUGGAUCUGCAUCAGGACAGCAUCAGGACUGGCAUCAACAGGAGCAUCACACUGUCAUCACUUUUGGAGCCACCACCACCAUGUUCUACAGCAAUUGCCCAAACACACAAACACACACACAUUCAUUUAUGGACUGUAUUGUAAAUCCUGUGCUCUUGGGCUCAGUGACCCCAACCCGCCCACCACCCUAGCGCCUGCCACCAUGCCACCCGUUGAUGUAUACACCCAGCGUUACGAAGACACUGCCACUCAGAACUUCAAGGACCUAAGCGAAAUACCUCUGGCUAACAACGUCACAAAUCCCCUGCAGAUUGUUGCUGGGCCCUUGGGCUUUGGGAAUGCAGUGCAGCUAGAUAUGAACCAAGAGCAGUGCCUCAGCAUCGUAGACACAGAGGAGACAAAGAGUGGCUUGUAUGACCCGGCCAGUGCCACGGCAGGUUUCAGUGUCAGCUUGUGGAUGAAGGCGUUCUACACAGAGGAGAAGUUCCUCAACACACGUCUAUCCCAGAACUACCCUCGAGAGUACAUCAUCUCCACAGGAGGAGAUACAGUUGGGCACCCUGGUGUGGCCAUCUACCAACAUGGGGUCUUCCUGCAUGGAGUAGUUAGCACUGGGACGGAGUACUGGGAGGCUAGCGUGCCAGGAGCCGUGCCUCAUGAUAAGUGGACGAAUGUGGGCCUGAGAUGGGCGGCUUCAAUUGGAGUGGAGCUAUUGAUCAACAGCGGCAUCCAGGGCCACACCAAGUACCCAGUCAGUGUGGAGGCCUCCAGUGACCCUGUUGUGUUGGAGACCACUAUCGGGUGUCGUAGGAACCCUGACCCUGCAGCUACGAUCCGCUACGACGGUUAUUCAACUGUUAAGCUGGAUGAGUACAGCACAUGGGACCACUACUUGGAGGGGAACAACUCCAUAUACUUCCUGGGAGGCUAUGUUGGUGAACCCUCGUACUUCACGCCGGAGGUCUUCUCAAGGCUUCUACAGGACACGGACUUGAGUGACCCUGAGCAGCGAGAGGUGGCAGCAGACGUAUUGACAGCCUUCCUUCUGGACGCUGAGGGGACAAGUGAGAAUGAAGAGAUGGUUGAGGAGGUGGCAGCAGGAGGAAAUGCAAGCAGUAACAGCAACAACACUGCCAACACCACUGCUAAUGAUAGUGAUGCAGCUGAAACCAAGGAGUUUCAGGACAUGGCAAAGUUGGUACUCAAACUCAGUGACCCGAGUGGCCUCCGUGCCAUUCAGACAGAGGAGCAAACCCGUAGAUCUCUGAACAUACUCUCGGCUGCUUGCACGUUAAUAAAACACAAACGAAUGGAGGAGUGGAAGAAGUUUGCUGCACAGGAGGAUGGCAGGACCCUCAUGGAAUUUGUGAGGCACCUGGAGCAGUUUACUUUGGCCAGCGCCCUCGCCCAUGCUCGCAGCGAUUCCCCGACCUCUCCCAUUGCUGCCACCUUGGACUGUGUCAAUGUACAAUUGGAUACCCAGAAGGUGGACCAAUUCCGGGAGCCCAGCCAAGAUCUAUUCACACCCAUGUAUAAGGGCAACGCUCGCCUCCUAGAAGAAUGGGACUACAGGAUUGACCGAGUGGAAGUCCCACGAGAUCUAUUCACGGACCCGCGAUGCCAGGACAGGUUUGUGGCGAUCGUGUCUCAGGUGUACAAGAAUCUUCACAAGCUUCAGGACCAUCCACUGCCCCUGAAGGCUGGACGCCUAAACACAAAAGUCGAUAACUUCAUAGACUCCCGUAUUAUCAGUCUGAAAGUUGGCGCUACUCAGGUUCGGAAGCGCUCAGGUACAGUUGACCCAGAAACGCCCCCCUGCAAACCCAGCCCACUCAAGUCAAAGAUGAAGCCACGCCUGACACACGAGACUAACUUGAAGCCCCUGCGACGCCUCCUCUUCCAUGCCAACCUGACCAAUACAGAGCUGGAGGGGAGGAGGUGUGUGUGGUUCAACCCUGAGGAGGGGGAUAAUGGGGCGUGGCAGGGGGAGGGCUGUCGGGUGUGGCAAGUCGGAGAGGACUUCACCAAAUGCAUGUGUCGGCAAGAGGGCAUGUACGCUGUGAUUGGGCAGAUGGUGGAGAACAAGGUCGUGCCAGCUGACCCUCAGUGGUUGGUGAUCAUACGCUAUCUAUUGUAUGGUGUGUCUGCCGUCUGCCUCCUCGUCUUCAUCCUGGUGGUGGCCUUUACUGGGGACCUGAAGGAGCAGUUCCACCUGAUGGGUCUGUGUCUGGCGGCAUGUCUUCUUGGUGGCAGCAUCUUCAUGGUGGUGAGUGACAUGGAGGACAUAAGGACAGACCGCCACUCCUGCGCAGCCAUCGGUACUCUCCUCCAUGCCUGCUACCUUGGGGCAGGGGCGUGGAUAGCCAUGAUUGGCCAUGCCUCCUUUAAGUGCGUCACUGUAGGCAUUGUUGGCGGCAGGAUGAAGCAGUAUGGAUACCUGGCCGCAGGGGUGACGCUCGUGUCAGUGGGCUGCACGUACACCUUCUUCCUUAAUGACCUCGGCAAUGACCCGCGCUGCUUCAUCUCCUGGUACAACUCCCCCAAGGAAGUGUUCUUUGCGCCCCAGGUUGUCUUCUGUGGCGUGGCUCUCUUCUGCGCCAUUGUGGUUGUUGUCAAUCUCCACACAGCUGCCUUCAAGAACAAGCCUACACUGGAUGAUUACCGCUCGUUCAGCCGCGGAGCCUCCCUGCUCAUCGUGUACUUCAGCCUCACCUGGAGCCUGGCUAUCGUCACCUACCUGCACCUGGACCUCUAUAUCAACUUCUACCCAGUGUUCCAGAUCCUCAAUGCCCUAAGUGGCGUGGUGCUGCUCCUGUGUUUGGGCGUGUGCUCCUCGCGAUUCAGGAUGGUGUUUACGGGACAGGCCAAACUCAGGAGGGAGAAGCUGCUUCAGUACAUGAGGCGCAAUGAUGAGGGGGUGCAGCAGAACAAGGUCCUCCUCUCCCCUUCCGUCGCCCCUUCCCCCCGCCCAUCUGGCCGACCACGCUCCGUCACUCCAGCCGCCCUCUCCCCUUCCCGCCCUCCGUCCUCCAAUCUUGAAGUUCCGGAUGCCCGCCCCAGAUCUGGCUUCUCCUUCAAGUAGAUGGUCAUCGUUCCCCUUUCUCCUCUUCAGUCCAUAGAGCUAAGGCUGUAGAGCAACUGUGGCAACAUGGAGUGAAAAGAGAUGGGGACGUAGAUGCACUUAUGAUGUUGUAGUUUGUGUGGUAAAUUUAAACACUGUGUUUGUAAGAAUUGUGUAAGUCAACCCUUCCCCAGUUAACCCGUCUGCUGCGAUUGGCACGGAUUUUGCCUUCACUGGUAGCCUGGUAACAUACACUCCCAGGUCUUUCUCUGCCUCUGUGGUGGAUAGUAGAGUGUUUCCCAUGUGGUAUUGGUAUGCUAGAUAUCCCCUCCCAAGGUGCAUGACUUUACAUUUUUCUUCAUUGAAUUGUAGCAGCCACUUUUUGUUCCAUUCCUGUAGCUUGGUGAUGUCUUCUUGUAGGAAAUCCACAGUCAAGGGGUUAAAUUAAGGUGGUGAAUACAUUUAUAGAUGGUAGUGUGUAGUCUUUUGAUGCUUGUGCAAACAUUGUGAUAUAAACAUACAUGCACAUGUCACACAUACAGGAGGUCGCUGUUUGUGGAUUUGCCGGCAAUAUGCACACAGGGUCCUGUGGGAGGUGACUUUUGAGACAUUUUUAUUUUUUAUUUUUUUUAUUUAACCAGGCAGCGGCAACGGGCCAAAUUUUUGGCUUUACCAUGUACCAGCGACGGGCCAAAUUUUUGCCAUGAUAUAAACCCCCCAAAAUAGAUGAUGCAUAAACUGAUCACAAAUGUGUUGAUAUAUAUUAUGAUAUGGUUUAUGUGAGCGAUGAUUUUUUCUCAUUAUUCUCGCUUAGAGCUACUGGGUCAAACAUAACCCCAUACAAAGAGGCUCAAAGUUCCAUGUUGUAUGUGUAACUAUUCCUGCAUCACCCUGUAGGUUUUAAAGUUCCCUCAUAGAGUAGUGGUGUGUUACUUUAGAAAGCUGUGUUCUGCUGUAGUACUUUGUGUUGUAUAAAAUAUAAAUGUAGUGAGUUUAUCUUUGGCCUAAUGGUGUUCCUUUUUGACGUAGUGGGUUUCCUCCUUGCCUCUCUGUAUAUUUAUGCUUCUUAGUGUUACUUUUUAAUCCAUCUGCUGCAAUUGGCACGGAUUUCGCCUUCACUGGUAGCCUGGUAACAUAUACUCUCAGGUCUUUCGCUGCCUCUGUGGUGGAUAGUGGAGUGUUUACCAUGUGGUAUUAGUAUGUUGGAUAUCCCCUCCUAAGGUGCAGGACUUUACAUUUUUCUUCAUUGAAUUGUAGCAGCCACUUUUUGUUCCAUUCCUGUAGCUUGGUGAUGUCUUCUUGUAGUCAAGGGGUUGAUAGUGAAUGUUUUUGUAGUUACUCUGAAUUAGCAAAUCUUCAUUUAACACUAUAUCAGUUUUUUCCUGUAUUCUCUGAAGAUUUCUUAUGUCACUGUAGACUAACAUUUGUUCUCGUAGGCUGCCGGAUGUUUGCCUCAAUAAUAACUAUGAAAGCCUGAA